CACACCUUCACUCUCAGUUCAACGAAGAUUCGCAGACACUUCGAGGAAACUUCACAGAUUCGUCCCUAAAAUUCAGAAUUUUCGAUCAAACUCACCAUUAUUCCACUUUCCCGCCCCCUUUCUAUCCCAUCUUUUCUCCUCUCUCUGUAAAAGAAAACAAAAGCUUGGUGGGGUUUCUCUUUUACACAGAAUACAGAAACAAUUCUCUGUGUGGCAAAGGUAGUUUCUUGCUGCUUGUAAGAAGUGAAAGACAAGGUGGGAAAUUUCUGAAGAUGCAAACGAGGUAUAUGGAUAGAUCGAAUAGUAUGGCGGCGGCGCCUGUCAGAGAGAAGAGAGGACUUGACUCAAGCACUGGUGGUGAUGAAGGCCAGCCUGAAAGAAAAAGGCCUGCUUUAGCUAGUGUAAUUGUUGAAGCUCUGAAGGUGGAUAGCUUGCAGAGGCUUUGCUCUUCAUUGGAGCCUAUUCUUCGGCGCGUUGUUAGUGAAGAAGUAGAGCGUGCUUUAGCAAAAAUUGGCCCUGCCAAGCUUACUGGACGGUCAUCUCCUAAAUGUAUAGAAGGGCCUGGUGGAAGAAACUUGCAGUUGCACUUUAGGUCCAGGUUAUCCCUCCCUCUGUUUACGGGCGGGAAAGUAGAAGGGGAGCAGGGUGCUGCUAUCCAUAUUGUGUUGAUUGAUGGAAACACAGGCCAUGUUGUCACUUCUGGUCCAGAAUCCUCAGUAAAGCUGGAUGUUAUUGUGCUUGAAGGUGAUUUCAACAAUGAAGAUGAUGAUAAUUGGACUCAAGAGGAAUUUGAGUCUCAUGUGGUUAAAGAACGUGAGGGCAAGAGACCACUUCUAACUGGGGAUCUGCAAGUGACACUGAAAGAAGGUGUUGGAACUCUAGGCGAGCUGAUAUUUACUGACAACUCAAGCUGGAUAAGGAGCAGGAAAUUCAGGCUGGGGCUGAAGGUUGCCUCAGGCUGCUGCGAAGACAUUCGCAUUCGUGAAGCAAAAACAGAUGCCUUCACCGUUAAGGAUCACCGUGGAGAAUUAUACAAGAAGCACUAUCCACCAGCAUUAAAUGAUGAGGUUUGGAGAUUGGAAAAGAUUGGAAAAGAUGGAUCAUUUCACAAGAGGCUGACCAAAGCUGGAAUAUAUUCAGUUGAAGACUUCCUACGCCUAGUAGUUCGAGACCCACAGAGGUUGCGAACUAUUCUUGGGAGUGGCAUGUCAAAUAAAAUGUGGGAUAGUCUUGUUGAGCAUGCAAAGACAUGUGUUUUGAGCGGGAAACAUUAUAUCUACUAUCCUGAGGAUGUGAAGAAUGUCGGCAUUGUUUUUAACAAUAUCUAUGAAUUGAGUGGCUUAAUUGCCAAUGGAGAGUACUACUCAUCCGACUCUCUUUCUGACAAUCAGAAGGUCUAUGUUGAUAGCUUGGUGAAGAAGGCAUAUGAUAAUUGGAUGCAUGUUAUAGAGUAUGAUGGCAAAUCCCUUCUAGAUUUCAAGCAGAAUCAGGGCAUAGUUGCUUCACAAAAUGAUGUCCCAUCUAGUCAACAAGAGUUUUUGAACUCAUAUGAUCAUCAGGUUACUUUACCAAUCAUGUCAGUUCCAGUCCCUUCAGAGGAGCCUGUUAUGGACUCAGGUCCCAUUGUUGGAGGUUAUAACAAUGAUAUGGCUGCGAGGUUCUCAAUACAUUCACAGAAUGGAAAUCUCAACACCCCAUUUCAAUUCGAUGCCACCUCAAUAACCUUACAGAAUCCUAUGGUCAAUACUUCACAGCAAAUCCAGGUUCCAGGAACUGACAAUUUACUAGCUCUUGCCCCCCCACAGUCUUCUAUGUCAGGCUUUCAGAGUUUUGGCACAUUGAAUCUUAAUUCAUACGGGGGAACUGAGGACUACUUUUCAGAGGAGGAGAUUCGUACAAGAAGUCAUGAGAUGCUUGAAAAUGAAGACAUGCAAAAUCUUCUUCGUGGAUUUAACAUGGGAGGCCAGGGUCCCUCCUCCUUCAAUGUCACCGAAGAUGGUUAUCCUUACUCAUCAUACAUGCCAUGCCCAUCUCAAAACUACUGCUUUGGUGAUGAUCCAUCUCGUUCAUCAGGCAAAGCUGUUGUCGGAUGGCUGAAGCUCAAGGCAGCCCUCAGAUGGGGCAUCUUUGUGAGGAAGAAGGCUGCUGAGAGGCGAGCACAGCUUGUCGAGUUAGAUGAUUCUUAGAUAGCCUGUAAGGCAAUGUUGAUCUGGUUUUGGAGCUAACAGGCUUCCUGCUCAAUUCCUAACUAACUAGAGCAGGCACUGCUGUUUUGGACACGUUUUCCUAGGUAGUUUGCUUGAGGUUCCGCUGCUCUUAGACAUUAAACUAGAUUUCCAAGGAUCUGUGUUUGUAUAGUCCUUUUACUGCCCAGUAAGCCAAUAUCCUCCAUCAACAGCUGUUCUGCAGUUGCUUCCCUUCCAGCAUUCGUGAAUUCUGAAGGUUGACUGAGUUGAGCGGUUUGCGUUGAAGAUAUUUUUGGACGGCGGAGCCUUCUAAUAUUUUAGGCAAUGUACUACCGAUACUGAGAAUUCAGCAUGGACCCUCUCCGUUUCUGUUAGGAAGUAAAUAGAACAGGAGCGGAUGCUGAUUGAAUCACCUACGCAUCUGGCUAGUAGGAUUUUUAUCUUAUUUAGUGUGUUUUUGUUUAUACAGGGUCAGCAAAAUCAUGCAGCAUAUUUUUCUUGUUCCUUUGUAACGUUAAAAAUAAUUGUUAGUGCUAGUGAUGAAGCUGCCAGAUCACAACCUCAAUUCAGGCCUAAACUGUUGUAAUUUAUUCGACAUAAUGAAAUAAAAUCGGUAUUUUGUUGGA